UCUUUUACGUGACUGAUAAGAGUUCCUGUUGUUGUUGCUUUCUAUUUUAAAGCGGAACGAGGUGAUUUAUGCUACCAGUAGUGUGAAAUUAUAACACCGUUUUUGAUGUUUAUGUAAACGGUUGCAUCUUUCUUUAUACUUAAUUGUCUGUUGAGUGAGGCUAAGUGGUAAGGCUAAGUAGUUAGCCAGUGCUCUAGUAACUUGGGUAGCGACAGUCAGUGUUUUGUAAGGUGUCUUCCUGGUAAACACCCUAGAUUUGAUUGAAAAUGGCAUCUGUCUGACUUCAUUUCUCCCCGUUUCAAUCAAGAUUGCACAAUAAUGGGUGCCUCCACUUAACAGUAAUUGUUAACUUAAGGGAUGUUCAGAUUGACUGGUCUUUAUAGCAUAGCUCGAAGGGCAGUGUGCAUUGGUACAGAAGACAUGGCUAAAGGAAAGUUCUUCUACGCAGUGGGAAAGGGGAAAAAACCUGGAGUUUAUAAGACUUGGGAUGAAUGUAAGAGUCAAGUUGAAAAGUUCCCACAUGCCAGUUUUAAGAAGUUUGCUUCAGAAAAGGAAGCCUGGGCUUUUGUCAGAGGUGAAAUUGCAUCAAAAGUGCCUGAUGUGACAGACGGAGGAGCGAGCCAGGGGACAGUAAGCCUCCCUAAAAGAGGCCCAGAGGCACUUGAGUACAUUCCACUGGGUAAGAAGAGGCCCUGUGCUGAGGUGGAAGAGGAGACUCCCACCAAACGAGUCAAACUGUCAGAAGAGGGAUCCCAGGGCAGCGCUUCAUCCUCUGGGACGAAGGAUGGCUUCACAUACAUGGGUGAUGCGGUGGUGGUCUAUACAGAUGGCUGUUGUUCAGGCAAUGGGAGAAUUGGAGCCCGGGCUGGCAUUGGCGUGUAUUGGGGACGUGACCAUCCUCUAAAUGUAGCUGAGCCGCUAGAUGGAAGACAGACCAACCAGAGAGCAGAAUUACAGGCAGCCUGUAAAGCCUUGGAACAGGCCAAGGAAAUGAACAUCAAAAAGUUGGUUCUCUACACAGACAGCAAGUUUACCAUUAAUGGUGUCACCAGCUGGGUGAAGAACUGGAAGCUGAACGGCUGGAGGUUAAACUCUGGGGGUCAUGUCAUUAACAAAGAGGACUUUCAAAAGCUUGACAAGUUAAACGGCGAGGUGGAGGUUGUUUGGUUGCAUGUCCCAGGCCAUGCUGGAUACCUAGGAAAUGAAGAGGCGGACAGGCUGUCCAGAGUGGGAGCAUCAAAGCGAUUACAGUCCCCAAAGGAAAAUAAUGGAACAUAAACAUUUACCAUCUACUUGGUGUACCUUGCUUUGCCAUGUUUGCAGCAAAUUCAGUUAAAAAGGAUAUAUAUUUGACGUUCAAAUGGUAAAUGGCAGUUUGUAUAUUGUUUCAGCAAUAUGAUGGCUGCCACGGGAUUAGUUCAUUUCAGUUGGAAAUUCUGUUGAAAGUAUGUAUUUUACUUAUUUGUUUCUGUAAAUAAAAUCUUGAUGUAUUCUUG